AUGCACUCUUUCAAGGUCCGGCGAGAGACAGAGGGUGGCGGUUCCGCGCCUCCUCACCGCGGAAUAACCGCAAAGAUCAGACACACCGUCCCGAGCGACCGAGAGCACCGUUCGGCAUGGAUGACGAGGAGAGCUGUAGCUGAAGCAGGGGUGACAUCAGCCCAAAGAUUGGUGGCUCGGACCGACUUGCUUGGUGCGGUGCGAUUCCGAGGCCAACGUGGGGGGCUGGUAGGAAAACGUGCGCCUGCCGGUCUGAAGGCGUCACCAGCAGCAGCAGCACCAGCAGAACCAGCAGCACCAGCAGCAGCGGCUGAAGCAGGGCAGCGCGAUUCCGCCGCUUCUCAGACAUUUAGCAAUUUCAAUUGGGCGGUCGCCAUGGGGCCAGCCCCGUUCCGCCGGUCUCAAAUCCCGUCAUCCGACGCUAGCUCAGCCUCUUGCGACCUCGGCCUUUCACCGCCUUUUCCGCUCACCGGCACCCCUUCUCCCUGCACGAUGCACUGA